UAGGCAGCCUCAGAGUUGGGAGGGGCUCACACAGCUGGCGCUGCUUUAAGAGUUUGUAUCAAACGUUUAAAUAAUCGCUGGUCAGCGAAAUAUUCAGAACAUAUUUAUUAAAUAUUUCGACUGGACUUAAGCCAAAAGCAGCCAACGACGCCCAAUGAAGGCGCACUCAACGGUCGUGGAUCUCUGCCAGAAUGAUGUCGAUGUGCUUGUCCAGCUGCGCCAGCUGCAGGCCAAUCAUCUGUGGCUGCGUGAGCAGCUAACACAGCUGCAGCGGAAUGCGUUUGCCAGGCGAUUGCUCCAGCAGAGGAGCCUGUUCGAGGGGCGUGCCGCCCUCGAGAGACAACUGCGACAGCUGCAGCUGAAACACAACCGGCACUGGGGCCUCUGAGGCUAAGUGCGUGCGGGAUAUGACGAGCUGGACUUAUGUGGAAAUCAGUUUGAAAUUAUCACAAGCUCAAAUUAAAAGUUUACAUUUUAAACAUUAAAUUUCGUUGAGUAGUGAAAUGCCAUUAA